AUGCACCGGGCCCUGCACUUGGGAUCCAGAGCUCUGAGUUCAGCCUUCCCCGGAAUUGUCCAGCUCAUUCAGAUUGCACCUCUUACCACUUCCCUCUUAUUUCUGCUCUAUGCUGACCAAGAUGUGGAUUUCAGUUCCUUGUCCAUGAUGUCCCCUUCCCCAAAAUACCCACACCAGACCUUGGUGUGUUUAGCGGGCUUUACUGAGGUAGAAGGACUGACUGAGGUCAGUCAGCAAUUUGAAGAGAGUGUCACAGAGACUGACCAGUCCUUUAUGAAUGCAGAGUCUGAUGGCAUUCUGGGCCUGGAAUAACCCUGCUUGGCUGCUGAAAGGGUGACCCCGGUGUUCGACACAGUGGCCCAGAAGCUGGUGGAUCUACCCGUGUUUUCCGUGUACACGAGCAGUGACACAGGAGGUGGUGCAGGUAGCGAGCUGAUUUUCAGAGGCUAUGACCUUCCAGUCACCAAACAAGUCUACUGGCAGAUUGCAGUGGACACAAUCCAGGUGGGAGGCACCAUGAUGUUCUUCUCCGAAGGCUAGGCCAUUGUGGACCCAGGCACCUCCUUCAUCACAGGCCCCUCAGGCAGUAGCAAGCAGCUGCACAGACCACUGGGGCAGAGCCCAUGGACGGGGAAUUACUGUGUGGAGUGUGUCAACAUCGGUGUCUUGCCGGAUGUCACCUUCACCAUCAAUGGGGUCCCCCACACCCUCCAACCGACUGCCUACACCCUGCUGAAAUUCAUGGAUGGAAUGAAGUUCUUAAUCAGUGGCUUUCAAGGUUCUGACAUCCAACCUCCAGCUUGCUUCUUCCGGACCCUAAGCAAUGUAUCAUUAAACAGCUUUACUGCCUUUGACCAUGGGAAUAACCAUGUGGGGCUGGCCCCAGCAGUCCCCCAAGCAGGGGCCUUGUGUCUGUGCCAGCCCCCCUGGAAAUUCACUUGGGCCUAUUAG